AGACUGGCUGCAUCGAAGGGUUGGGGCAGGUAGGAACCGAGACUCGGGGAGGAAAGUCUCUGGGUCUAGGAAACCACCUCCCCGUCGCUCGCCUUGUGCCGAUCACAAAGGACUUUUCUGCCCAGAAGAGAGCAGAAUCUUGUUUUCGUGGAGAAAUAGUGAGGUGCUGCUUUAGGUCUGGAUUGCCUAUUAGCCAAGUUCCGUGGAAGUUUGCAGAGUGGAGCUGCACAGUUCCAAUUUCUCUGCUUCUUAUCUGCUUCUGCAUUUCUCCUGAUCUGAUUCGGUCCACCCUUCCCUCUUUUUUCCUCGCUGUUUUACUUUUCCUCUUGAACCAUGUGUGAUAACAUGGACCACGAGGAUAAGCCACCUGCUCCACCUGUAAGGAUGAGUAGCACGAUCUUCAGCAGUGACGGGAAAGACUACACGCUGCUGGCAAAUCACAGCUCCAAGCCCUUACCGUCUGUGCCUGAAGAGAGGAAACCUCGCAGCAAAAUCAUCUCCAUCUUCUCAGGGGCAGAGAAAGGUGGAAGGCGGAAAGACAGGGACAGGGAGCGGCCGGAAAUCUCUUCUCCCUCAGGUUUCGAGCACACCAUCCAUGUGGGCUUUGAUGCUGUGACUGGGGAGUUCACGGGAAUGCCAGAGCAGUGGGCACGAUUACUGCAGACCUCGAACAUCACCAAGUCCGAACAGAAGAAAAACCCUCAAGCUGUGCUAGAUGUCCUCAAGUUCUAUGACUCCACAGGAAACACAGGCAGGCAGAAGUACCUCAGCUUCUCUUCAGAGAAGGAUGGAUUUCCUUCGGCCGAUCAUUCGCCUGUUAAAAAGAGCACAGACAAGCCAUCACCAAACACCAAGAAUGCUGAAGAUGAUGAUGACGAUGACGAGACACCACCGCCUGUUGUGGCACCGCGGCCAGAGCACACCAAGGGGGUGAACACUCGGUCAGUUAUUGAUCCCAUCCCUGCACCAGUCUCUCCAGAUGGGGACGUUGCAUCCAAAGCUGCAGACAAACAAAGACCCAAAAAGGGCAAGAUGUCUGAUGAGGAGAUCAUGGACAAAUUGAGAACCAUAGUCAGUAUUGGAGAUCCUAAAAAGAAGUACACGCGAUACGAGAAGAUCGGACAAGGAGCUUCAGGGACAGUGUUCACGGCCAUCGAUGUUGCUACAGGACAAGAGGUGGCCAUCAAGCAGAUCAACCUGCAAAAGCAACCCAAGAAGGAGCUAAUUAUCAAUGAAAUUCUCGUUAUGAAGGAACUGAAGAACCCUAACAUUGUGAACUUCUUAGACAGUUUUCUAGUAGGGGAAGAGCUGUUUGUGGUGAUGGAGUACCUGGCUGGUGGCUCACUGACCGACGUAGUGACUGAGACGUGUAUGGACGAAGCUCAGAUCGCCGCUGUUUGCAGAGAGUGUUUACAAGCACUAGAAUUCCUUCACGCCAACCAGGUCAUUCAUCGAGACAUCAAGAGUGACAACGUUCUGCUGGGAAUGGACGGCUCUGUUAAACUUACGGAUUUCGGUUUCUGUGCCCAGAUCACACCAGAGCAGAGCAAGAGGAGCACAAUGGUGGGCACGCCAUAUUGGAUGGCCCCCGAGGUUGUUACCCGCAAAGCUUAUGGGCCAAAGGUGGACAUCUGGUCUCUUGGAAUCAUGGCUAUUGAGAUGGUGGAAGGAGAGCCUCCAUACCUUAAUGAGAAUCCACUGAGGGCACUUUACCUCAUUGCUACUAAUGGAACGCCAGAGUUGCAGAGUCCAGAGAAACUGUCACCCAUCUUUCGUGAUUUCUUAGCUCGCUGUCUGGAAAUGGACGUAGAAAAGAGGGGCAGCAGUAAAGACCUUUUACAGCAUCCUUUCCUUAAGUUGGCGAAGCCUCUGUCCAGUCUCACACCGCUCAUUCUGGCUGCCAAGGAUGCCAUGAAGAACAACCGCUAGCAUCCUUCCUGGAUGAGUCAUGCUGAGAAACCCAGCAUGUUGAACGGACUCUGACUCCUGUGCCACGUCUCUUGCCGCUGUGCCACCUGGCCAGCUAUUAUUGCUAAAACAAAGUUUCUACAAGCAUGUCAGCGGCGCUUUUUAAACUGGUGGGAUUCCUCUCGGCGGUCGGUGGGUGGGUGGGUGGGGAUGGGGGCCAUCUUAAAUGUCUCGUCUCCUCGUCUGUUCUACUGUAGCCUUUUCGAUAAUAUUUUAUACUGCACGGUAUUUCAUCAGUGUUUUUUUGUUUUUUUUUCCUCAGUGUCCUUUCUUCUCGACUAUUGUGCAGUAGAUUUUUGUCCUUAAGGGGAGAAGUAUUUAAAGUGUCCUUGACAUGUUUUGUUAGUGAUUUCAUUUUUAUAGAAAGUAAUAAGCUACAAAAACUUGUGACCUUUUUUUUUUUUUUUUUUUUUUUUUUUUUUUUUUUUUUUUUUUAAAAACUCAUUUUCCUUAAAAAUGUAGCUGGGAUGAGGAAAACCAGCAUUAUCACUGGGUGAUUUGAUUUGAUUUGAUUUGUUACCUGGUGUCAUUGCCUCUUCAACCAUGAACGGAUGUAAGAAUUGACCAGUUUCCGGAACUCUAUAAUAACAUGUAAACAUUCAUGACACAGAUGGCAUAUGUUGUGUACUUUAAAGAACCACAAUAACUGCUCCACCAAGUAUUUUAGACUACAUGUUUGUAUAAAUGAGUGUUUUUGUAGUAACUAACAUUUUAUUACAAGAUUACAACUGUGAAGUUGUCAUGUUAAGUGCCAGAAUGGAUAUUUUUAUGGCUUAUGCAAACUCGAUUCUGCAAUUUUAAAAAAAAAAAAAAAAUGUCCUUAAAGGCUGUCAAACAGCUCCAGGUUUCUGAUAUCUGAAAUGAAUUGCCUAAAACUCACUUGUACUCAAUCAAGUGCCAUAUUUGAGCAAAUACAGUCAAUUAUUGUCUAGAUACAGUGUGGGUUAAUUGCUAAAUUAUCAUUAUGAAUCACGGGCAAUUUUUGCAAAUUUCUGCUCAGGGUGUGUAGUUUUAUAUCAUCGUUAGCAAAGAUGAUUCAUUAUAGAAAAUGUGCAGUUUUGGUGGUGGCAGCCUUAUUUUAGUCAUGCCUGCAUCCAAUUGUUGAAGGUAUUGUUUUUUUUUGUUUGUUUUUUAAAUUAAAGUUGUCUACCACAGUACAUAGGGGUUGAAAUUAAAUAAUGAGUAGAAGCUCGAA